AUGGGGUCAAAGAAACAUUCCAAAGAGCAAAAAGGAGCUGGAGAUAAUAGCAGGCUCCGUAUCGCCAUUGUCAAUGCAGAUAUGUGCAAGCCAAAGAACUGUAGCCAGGAGUGUAAGACAUUUUGUCCUGUUGUCCGUACAGGAAAGUUAUGUGUUGAAGUUGAUUCAACAAGUAAAGUUGCCACUAUAUCAGAGUCUUUAUGUAUUGGAUGUGGUAUAUGUGUUAAGAAAUGUCCAUAUGAUGCUAUCACCAUUAUUAAUUUACCUAAAGACAUGAAUAGAGAUACAACACAUAGGUAUGGGAGAAAUAGCUUUAAGUUACAUCGACUACCAGUUCCACGUCCAGGACAGGUACUGGGUUUGGUAGGUACAAAUGGAAUUGGUAAAAGUACAGCACUGCAAAUAUUGAGUGGUAAAUUGCGUCCUAAUUUAGGCAACUAUGGACAAGAACUUGAUUGGAAAGAUAUUAUUGCUUACUUCCGUGGUAGCGAGCUACAAUCAUAUUUUACAAAAAUGAAAAAUGGAAGUCUAAAGACAGUAAUAAAACCUCAAUAUGUAGAUCAUAUUCCUAAGAGAGUUAAGGGGACUGUUGGCGAUAUUAUUAAAACUAAGGAUGAAAGGGGAGUAUCAGACAUUCUCAUAGACGAACUGGAGCUAAGACAUUUGCUCCAAAGGGAAGUAGGUGAGCUAAGUGGUGGGGAAUUACAACGUUUUGCUUUAUGUGUGAGUACUAUUGUUAAAAGUAUAGUUUAUAUGUACGACGAACCUAGCAGUUACCUAGAUAUAAAACAACGUAUUAAUGCUGCUAAAGUUAUAAGAAAUGUAUUGUCCCACGAUAAUUAUGUAGUAGUUGUGGAACAUGACUUAUCAGUACUGGAUUAUUUGUCUGAUUUGAUAUGUUGCUUAUGGGGAAGUCCUGGAGCUUAUGGUGUCGUAACGACUCCAUUUAGCGUUCGUGAAGGUAUAAAUAUAUUUCUCGAUGGCUUUAUACCUACAGAAAAUAUGAGAUUUCGUGAAGAUGGCUUGAAUUUCAGAAUUAUUGAUCAAGAGGAGCAGGAAUUACAGAGAUUACAUUUCAAUAAGUAUCCAGGUUUCAAUAAGACUAUGGGAAAUUUUAAAUUAAUAGCAGAAUCAGGUGAUUUUGCUAAUUCUGAAAUUAUUGUUAUGCUGGGACAAAAUGGCUGUGGCAAGACUACCUUUAUUAAGGUACUAGCUGGGUUAAUUAAGCCAGAUGACAAUAUUGAGUAUAAAAAAGACAACUACAAUAUUCCUGAAUAUAAUGUCUCGUAUAAACCACAAACAAUAACUCCAAAAUUUGAUGGAACUGUGAAGGAUCUGUUUUUGAUGAAAAUUCGUGAUUCAUUUAUGGAUGUUCAAUUUAAUUCGGAAGUGGUUAAACCAUUUAAUAUAGAGAGAAUAAUGGAUCAGCAAGUGAAGUUGCUAUCAGGGGGUGAAUUACAGAGAGUUGCACUUAUCCUGGCAUUGGGCAAAAAGGCAGAUAUUUAUUUGAUUGACGAACCUUCUGCAUAUUUGGACUCUGAACAAAGAAUUACUGCUUCGAAAGUUAUUAAAAGGUUCAUUUUACACUCUCAAAGGACGGCAUUCAUUGUGGAACAUGACUUCAUUAUGGCUACAUACCUAGCUGACCGUGUAAUUGUGUUUCAUGGCAAUCCUGGUAUAGAGUGUUUUGCAAACAGACCCGAAAAUCUUAUUACUGGCAUGAACAAGUUUUUAAAAACUUUGGAAAUUUCAUUCAGAAGAGAUCCUAUGAAUUUCAGACCUAGAAUUAAUAAGCUAGACUCAGUUAAAGACAAAGAACAGAAACUUCAGGGUAAUUACUUCUUGCUUGAAGAGUAA